CGAUGACUCACUUUGGUUGUAAGUACUAAUGAAAUGAAUCGUGCUCAGCCGACUAUAGUGAGCUGAGCUGGUGAACACUCAGUUGCGUGUUGAUAUUGCCACAGGCUACCCGCACCUUUUUGUUAUUAAACAAGUGUAAUAUUCUGUUGUGUUCUUGGUUUUAAAGAAAAUCAAAAUGAACAUCGUACAAGUCGGACCCGAGCCCUCCCAGAUCACAUGCCCAUCGUGCCGAGCCACGAUCGUCACGAGGGUCGAGAGGAAGUCCACGACGAAGACACACGUCAUAGCCCUCCUUCUGUGUCUGUUCCUUUGCUGGCCUUGUGUGUGCGUCCCCUACUGUGUGGACUCCUGUCAGAACGCUGACCACUACUGCCCCAACUGCAAUUCCUACCUCGGUACCUACCAACGAUAGUCACCCAGAAUCUACCUUCAUACAUUUUCUUACUAUUAAGUACCGUUUAAGCGAAUAUUUACCGUAUUUUGUACUUAUGAAAGUUCCAUUUUGACCGUUAACACCCCUUCACUAUGCGAAUAUAGAUCUUGGGAGAAUAAAAUGGGGUAAUAUGAAUUAAACAGAACGGUCAAUGCAUGUAUUCGUGUAUUUUGUCUUUUAUGUGUAUAUGUAUAAAUAUAGUGCCUGCAUAUGUUCAAAUGUCGUGUGACGCACAUUUUUCUAUAAAAAGUUUUAUUAUCGAUGAUUUAAAAGAUGUUUGAGUUAAAGUUAUAUAAAAAAACUCGUUUUUUUUAGUAUGAAAAGCGUUCGUCUUCUAAAUUGUCGAUUUAAGCUACGAAUAGAAGAGCGUCCGUGUUUCUACGCCUACCACAUAAUGUUGAUACUUCAGUGUAUACGUAAAUCGUUUGUUGGCACCGAGUAUUCUAUAAAUACUUAACACCCUGAAUUAUAUCAAUAAGAGCGAUAAAAAUAUCAAGAAAACGUUAUUCAAGUGCUCGUUAACCAAAUUGAAUAUAAACGAUAUCGUAACUGAUUAAAGUCAAUAUAUUUAAUUUUAUAUUAUUGAUAAACAUAAUGUCCAAGGUAUUUUAAGAAUACUUGUUUUUUAAAACAGAUUUUUUUUUUUUUCUAAAAGUGGUAUACCUUUUUUAUUGUCUGUAUAGGCAUUCUGAGAUUAAUUUUUUUUAUACUGUGUUCAGCACAUUACUAUAAAUAUCUGCUUUGAAACUGUUAGUCUAGCACAACUUUUUAAGUAUUAUGAACUUUAUUUCAAAGAAAUAAUGUCGUUAAUGCUUUGAUAUUAUUUGUUAUUAGCACAAGAUUGCAAUGCAAGUAAAUUAUAUGUAUGCUAGUUCGCUAGAGGGAGUGGUACAAGCAGAUUGAAUUAUUUUAUUGAACAUUGUUAUACAUAUUUUUAAUAAACAUUUUACUAUCUA